AUGGAAGGUCCACGCGUUGUUGUUCUGGUGGUCCUACUGCUCUUUAUCUUUCUCACCCCCGAUCAACCCGCCAAUCGCCGAACCUUCAUCGAUGUCGAGACCAUCCAAAGCCGGCGCGAUGCCGAACUCAAUGUUUUGGCUAACACUUCCUUUGGCCAGCUUAGUCCAUCGACGGACAGAUGGCUGAAUCUAACGGGCUUCCGGAAGGACGAUGGCUACCAGUGGGACGCGCUGGCUAAGGUGCAGCAAUGGAGCCGCAAACAGUUCGAGACGGCCUGGAACGGUAUCGAUCUUACCAAAGGCUUGCCCGUCUAUGACCAGUUUGCCGGCGAGAUCCGUGGAGACUUUGUCCAAAUUCAACCUCCAACCACGGCACCACAGCUCAACUUGACAGCCCUGGAUCCCAAGAAGGAUUACAUGACGAAUAUUUAUGAGCGGAACAUCACCGAGGCCAACGGCGAAAUGACAUUGUCCCUCCUGGAUCUCCAUGCACUCGCUGGCCAGGAGGCCUCGUCCAUAAAAGCAGACUUCUCCAUAUGGACGGACUCGGCCCCUGGAAACGGCUGGCAGGCGAGGCUUCAAGGUGUCCACUUUCCUUCAGGCCAGGUUAUCAUGACAACCAUCAGCUCAAAGUUCAACUCUCUCUUUGCCCUCCCUCAUUUCGCCUUGGAUGCCCACAGCUUCAAUUCGUCCAUUUCAGUCAUGAACCACACAAUCCGUCGACUUUGGGACACCACCCUUGAUGACAUGUCGGAUGGAUUAGCCUUCGCCCCCCAGUGUGAAUUGAUCAUCUGGCUGCAGCCUAAGCCUCACAAAUAUGACGGACUUGACUCUUCUCAGAUGGCUGCUUUUCUCCGCCAGGUCGAACAAGAGCUGAAGUCUCCCGAGGGUGCCCCCAUCGGCCAGCCACCCUUAUUAUCCUUCUCCGCCGUCGUUUUCUCUCCUGAUUGUGGCUAUGUCUUGGAAUCUAACGCCCUGUUCGGGCCUAAAAUCGAAGCAUACUGGACCUUAGCACAGCACCUUGUCUUCUCCUUCGUCCUAGUUCUUGGCCUCCAGAUCGCACUUAUCAAACGACAAAUGGAAAAGGCGGCUACUCCCUCCACAAAGAGUCGAAUAGCAUACCAAAGCAUUGUUAUUGCUGCUCUUGGUGAUGGGCUUCUACUGUUUGCGCUCAUCGCACUUCUUAUGAUCGAUGAAGCUGCGUUUCUUACUAUUUCAUCGGCUGCGUUUCUUGCCUGCAUACAUGUGGCCUUCCUCGAGGUCAAGUUCGUUUUCGACAUAUGGACAGUUCAAGUUGGCGAUCCUGCUCGUGCCGAGCAGGAAAGGCAGAGAAGGGCAGCCCCAGCACCGGCGCUGACACUAACACCAGCUCCCACUACCGGUCUUGCUGCUGCCGCCACCACCAUCUCCCCUUCAGCAACCACAGUCGCUGCUACGGAGCUUCCAGGAGGUCUGCCUUUACCGGUUACCACACCGAGAACAGAUAGUGCGACUCCAACUAUCCUCCCUUCUGACCAAGGGAGUCCACUUCAAGCCGACAUCCCCAGCACGCGUGCGUCAUUCGCUGCCAUCUACAGCAGAUUCUACUUUUCCCUCGUCGUGCUCAUGUUCUUUUCACUGUGGGCAUUGUCAUGGCCAAGACCUCUGAGAUCUGCCUACACCAACCUACUCAUCUUCGCCUACUUUUCUUUCUGGUGGCCACAGAUAUAUCGCAACACCAUGCGAAAUUGUCGCAAAGCAUUGACAUGGGAGUAUGUUAUUGGAUCGAGCCUGCUUCGAGCCGUACCCGUCCUGUACUGGUAUUUUGUGGAUCACAAUAUACUCUCGAUAGACACUAGCCCCCGUACUGCCUUCAUUCUACUGGGCUGGCUUUGGCUACAGGUUGCGGUUCUUACCAGCCAACAGUUUCUCGGCCCUCGUCUCCUUGUUCACGAUUCCUGGUGCCCACCCGCUUACGAUUACCAUCCAGUCCUUCGAGAAGAUGACGUCGAAGCCAGCGGCAUGUCUAUCGGCCUACUUGCUUCAGCUUCAGAAGCCAAAGACAAAGACGAUAAAACAAGAAAAGUUUUCGAUUGUGCUAUAUGUAUGAAUGAAAUUGACGUCCCAGUCUUGGCCAAAUCAGAGAGUGCUGGAGGUGUCGUCGGAAGAGGAGCUGGAGCAACAUGGCUUGAACAGAGGAAUUACAUGGUCACACCUUGCAGACACAUUUUCCACACUGACUGUCUAGAGGGAUGGAUGAACUUGAGGCUCGUUUGUCCAGUCUGCAGAGAAGCACUACCGCCGCUCUGA